AUGGUUUCUCACAUUGUACCAGGAAACAUGGCAUCUAGCCCUGAAGCUCUUGCUGAUAUUGAACACCAGUCGGGUAAUAUCCAGAUCAUCCAGGCUUCCAAUCUUGCAAAACAUGUGGGAAUCAAGUGGUGUGAAGAAGGAGAAUUUUCUAACAAGUACUUCUUCCAAGUUAUCAAGCAGAGAACAUCGAACAAGUCCAUCACCUCACUUAUGGACCCUAGUACAGAACAGCUUUUCACUGAAACAGAAAACCUUAAGGGGCAUACUAGUAGCUUUUACCAGUCCUUGUACUUGGCAGACCCCAUUGACUUUACAGCUGCCCACUCACUCUUGGCUCAUGUCCCUCUGAGUGCCACACUUAUCCUGUCUGACUCUUCUUAUCUUGUUUCUGAUGUGUCCCUGUAUGAAAUUUUGGGCAUUUUGUCACAUAUACCAAACCACUUGAGUCCAGGUCUGGGUGGAUUGUCAUAUCUUCUAUGGAAACGUCUUCUACAAGAUCAUUCUGUCCAAGAGUUAGCAAUAGAAGUCUACAGUGAUGCAUUGCGUGGUGUUUUCCUCUCUUCUUGGCUCGAGACGGUACUAGUGCUCCUACUGAAGACUGGUUACCUCACCCUACUAAAGAACUGGAGGCCAAUCUCCCUGAUAAACUGUGAUGCCAAAAGCCUUACCAAAAUGCUCAUAGCGCACCUCAGGACAUGCGCUGGACCACUUGUCAACCCCCACCAAACCGAGUUCAUAGCCUAUUGA